ACUAAACUCAACCUCUCUUGUGUAUCUAUUUUCUCAUCAUUUCUAUCAAAGUUUCAAAAAUAAUUAAUCAACAAUGCAACAAGCAAUUCCUUACAAAUCAUGGCUACCUCUAUACACCAAAACUACAACUCCUUUAACCCUAAUUUCUGCAGCCAAGAGUUCAAGAAAUAUGAGCCAUAUGGUUCAAGAAAAUGCUAUUAUAGUGUUUGCCAAGAAAGGUUGCUGCAUGAGCCAUGUUGUCAAGAGGUUAUUACUAGGUCUUGGUGUGAACCCGCCGGUUUUCGAGAUCGACGAGCACGAUGAGAUUAGGGUUUUGCAGGAAUUACAGAUGGUUGUUGAUGUUGAUGAUGGUGGUGAUAGUAAUGAAGUGCAGCUUCCUGCUGUUUUUAUUGGUGGAAAAUUAUUUGGAGGUUUGGAUAGGCUUAUGAGUAGUCAUAUUACAGGUGAAUUAGUGCCUAUUUUGAAAAAAGCUGGAGCUUUAUGGCUUUGAUUUGAAGAAAUUUUGUUGUUUUGUUUAAUUGCUUCACAAGAAAUGAAGAAUUGUUUUAGAUUUGUAGUUUAAUUAGAAAUACAAAUUUCAUUCUUUGUUUCUCUA